AUGGCUCCAUGGUGCACUUAUAAGACCAGACGGUGCAGGUGCGGAGGACACCUGAGUGCGGACGUCGACUUCUGCUGGAGACUGCGAAACCAGAGACAGAACCAUGAGCUGCUUCACCUGCAUCAAAGUUCUCAUGAUCUUGUUCAACUUGGCCAUAUUUCUGGCCGGCGGCACGCUGCUGGGGGUCGGCAUCUGGGUCAGUGUGGACAGCGGCUCCUUCCUGAAGAUCUUCGGUACGAUUCCCGGGAAUGUCGCCAUUCAGUUCGUCAACGUCGGCUACUUCCUGAUCGCCAUCGGAGCGCUGCUGCUGAUCCUCGGCUUCCUGGGCUGCUGCGGCGCGCAGAAGGAGAGCAAGUGCCUGCUGAUCACGUUCUUCUGUGUCGUCCUCAUCAUCUUCAUUGCGGAGAUCGCCGGCGCGGUGGUCGCUCUCCGUUUACCUCCUCUGUGGCUGAGAGUUUCUUGGGUUCGGUUCUGACUCCAGUUCUAGAGAAAGAUUACGGACCAGACACAGAAGUGACGAAGAUCUGGAACAACACCAUGACGGAGCUGUCGUGUUGCGGUGUGAACGGCUAUGGCGACUUCAAUAAUUCUAAAUUUGUGGAAUCAUACAAGCAUUACCCGACCCAGUGCUGCAACAGCACGUCCUGUGGCCUGCAGGACGCGGAGCGGGCGAAAAUAAAGGGCUGCUUCCAACAAAUCCUGGACCUGCUGAAGUCCAAACGCCGCCGUCGUGGGGGGGUGGCCGCCGGGAUCUGUGCGCUGGAGCUGGCGGCCCUGGUCGUGUCCAUGUACUUAUACUGCAAGAUCGACAAGGAGGGGUCCAUCCACUGACGCUGCAGCCUGCGGAGUGACUUGUGUACAUUGUGUAAAUAACAUUUCAAGAGGACGAGCGACGCGAAUGUGACAGGAAAACAGCGGCCGCUGUAUGAUUGCAUUGCACCUUUUUUCCUCUCGUCUACAUUUUGUACCAAAAUCCGAAUAAUUCUGAAUGUGAGAUUUUUAUCAUUUGUAUUUAAUGAUGGACUGUAAUAAAGCUGGACUUCACGGUG